CUCAUGCAACCGGACGCCGCGUGCAUAAGUUCCAACAGUUCAGUCGACGUUCAGUCAUGAAAACUCUCCGGACGUGGUUUCUUGGGCUCACAUAAUCCCGCUUCACGCUGUACCUUCUGGAGGCUACAUCCACCGCGGGGGUCUACAUCUGAGCAGCAGCGACGGACGCUGUCGACCCCUCGUAGAUGAACAGGUGGAGCUGUAUACCAGAUCAUAGCCAAAAUAAAGUAGCUUUUCUGUUCGGUCUGGACAUUCCUCAUUGCCCCGUCACGCGUGCGUUUUGCGAAGAUCAGGCACUCGCGUCACCUCGCGCCGCAUUCUUUCACCGCGUGUUUUGAGAUCACGUUAUCAGUGCUGUUAUCAGACGAUAUCCCGAGAUGGAAUGUUUGGUGUAACGGAAUUGAAGUGAAGCGAUUGUGCCGUGGCUACUAAUUUUGCUCUUCUUAGUAGAAAGCCUAACUCUGACCACGACGGAGGCAACCACUCAGGAAGUUUUCGUUGAUACUACGACUAUGUUGCCAACUAAGACUACCCAUGCCACGGCGCCAAUUGAGACUACUAGUACUCCGACAACGACGUCGACGACCACCACGACUACAACCACCACGACUACGACGACGACUACCACCACCACAACGACUACCACCACCACAACGACUACCACCACCACAACGACUACCACCACCACAACGACUACCACCACCACAACGACUACCACCACCACAACGACUACCACCACCACAACGACGACCACAACCACAACGACGACCACAACCACAACGACGACCACAACCACAACGACCACCACCACGACCACGACCACCACCACCACAACGACCACCACUACCACAACGACCACCACCACUACGACGACUACCACCACGACCUUGAAGCCACCUUUGCCUCAUAAGUUUCUUGCUUGCGUCAGUUCAGUCGUUCAGGCAAUAUUUCAUCCACUGGAUGAUGUGUGCUACUUCAUGUUCUUCACCGUCCAAGACAUCAAUGAACUGAAAAACAAGAAUCUCGGUCUUGCGAAAACCAAAAUUGGUAUCGACAUACCGAGCUCGAAAGCCAACGCUAAUCAGGGAAAACUUCAAAGUUCCAUCGCAGCGUACUGGCCAAAGAUCAGAGACUUCGCUGUCCUGGACAUGGAACUCCGUCCAAGUGUUUCAACUUAUGUCGGUCAUGUCGAAGCAUUUCUAACAGAAACGGACAGACUCUUAAAUAUCCAUAUGAGCGCAGAACCAACGCCACGUAGCAAGUUUGGCUACGUGCUACUAGGUGUGGCAAUACUCCAUGGAAGCCAACAACCAAGCACCCUCAUGACUAACUUCAAUCAGCUCGUACAAGGAAUUAAGCCGGACGCACUGCUGUACCGAACUACUCUCAAUCGUAAUGUAACGGACCCAAGCGUAUGCAGGAAUACAGGACCGUCACCCUGGGAGGGACCUGGCAUGCCGUCUAUGCAGUCGUCAAUCGUCGAGUCGCUGGCAUUUAGGCAUGUGACUGGGUUUCAACCACUGCCUUUGAAAACAACGGAAUUGCUCUCCUUCAGCGCUGCGGCCCUUAUAACCACCUACAAGGACAGGAGUAAUCAUCCUGAAAGACCAUGCGAGUGUGUCACCCAGGGCAAUCCAAAAGAACUGGUGUGCAAAAAUGGACAACAUUAUGACAUAGUAACCGAAAAUGUGGGUACGCUUGAAACCAACGUCACUCGAUUCGACCAAAUGGGCGGUUUGAGGGACAACAGUAUCACAAUAACGUUCGACUCGGUUUGCACUAUGUCGGGAAAGAUGUGUUUGUCGUCCAAGAGGUAUAGCUUCACGGGCGGCUACGUCAUCUUCGACGUCCACUUUCACUACCUGUGUUCAGCACCACAAGGCUCCAUAGACACCAAGGGCGACUUUGGCGUUGUGAAGUGGGCAAACGUUAAUAUGAACAAGAACUACGCGGGGAUAGAGUGCCCGUCUUAUUGCUUCUUCUAAGCGCACGGGUAAAGAAUGUGAUUACCAUUGGGAUGCGGAGUAUUGUUUACAAGGCCGCGAAGCAAUCUGAUGUGAUAUGAUGCAAUAUAUGAUGUUCCAUCCAUGA